AUGGAACUUUUUGAUGAAAGUCAUAAGGAGAAUAACUGCGGUGAUGAGAUUAGUUCGCCUGAGGCUGACGAAAGCAGACUGCCGUUGGAGUUAGCAAUUGUAGGACGCCAUAAUGUUGGUAAAUCAACCUUACCGAAUACUUUGUUGCAAGAAGACCGGGUUCUUGUGGGUCCUGAAGCUGUCGUCUCUAAAGCUUUUAAUGCUUUCAAGGCAGCUAAAAGAGCAAGGGAGUUGGUGAUAUCCAAUAGUGUAUUGAGAUCUUCAUCUCUUCCCCGGAAAAUCACUGAUUGUUCAUCAUCAAAUUCUGAAAAUUGUGGGCUGGGAGAGAUGAUGCCUUUGCAACUAUGGCAGACAACCAUGGAUCCAGAACAGCAGUUGUUGAACAAGUUGACGGCUGAGGAUGCAGCUGAAGCAAAUAUUGUUUUUUCAUCCCUUAUGGGUGCUCGGGGGCUGGGAGAGAUGAUGCCUUUGCAACUAUGGCAGACAACCACGGAUCCAGAACAGCAGUUGUUGAACAAGUUGACGGCUGAGGAUGCAGAUGAAGCAAAUAUUGUUUUUUCAUCUCUUAUGGGUGCUCAGGUGGAUGUUCGGAAGGAGCUGAUACGAAAUGCCGCAAACAUGAUUGAUCUUGAUCAGUUAGAUAUUUGA